CUGCGCAGUCAUGAGCGCGCCGCGGGAAAUCGGCACCUUCGUGGUGUGGGAUUACUUGGUAUUCGCCGCGAUGCUGCUCAUCUCCGCGGCCAUCGGGGUCUACUAUGCCUUCGCGGGGGGCGGCCAGCAGACCUCCAAGGACUUCCUGAUGGGGGGCCGGAAAAUGACGGCCGUCCCCGUGGCGCUGUCCCUCACCGCCAGCUUCAUGUCCGCGGUCACAGUCCUGGGGACCCCCUCGGAGGUCUAUCGCUUUGGGGCCAUUUUCUGCAUCUUUGCCAUCACUUACGCCUUGGUGGUCAUCGUCAGCGCGGAGGUCUUCCUUCCAGUCUUUUACAAACUGGGAAUUACCAGCACCUACGAGUACUUAGAGCUUCGUUUUAAUAAAUGGAUUCGCCUCUGUGGGACCAUUUUGUUCAUCAUUCAAACGAUUCUAUAUACUGGAAUUGUUAUUUAUGCUCCAGCUCUUGCUUUGAAUCAAGUCACUGGAUUUGAUCUGUGGGGCGCAGUUGUUGCCACUGGGGUGGUCUGCACUUUCUACUGUACGAUGGGCGGUCUCAAAGCUGUUGUCUGGACAGAUGUUUUCCAAGUCGGUAUCAUGGUAGCAGGAUUUGCAUCCGUGAUCAUACAGGCUACUGUGGUUCAAGGUGGGAUCAACAACAUUCUUAAUGAUUCCUAUUAUGGAGGAAGACUGAACUUCUGGGAUUUCAAUCCAAAUCCUUUGCAAAGACAUAGCUUUUGGACAAUCAUCAUCGGCGGGACCUUCACAUGGACCACCAUCUACGGUGUUAACCAGUCCCAAGUCCAGCGGUACAUUUCCUGCAAAAAUAGAUUCCAUGCAAAAAUGUCCCUUUACAUAAAUCUCGUAGGACUCUGGGCAAUUCUUACCUGUGCAGUAUUCUGUGGACUUGCUCUUUAUUCAAGGUACCAUGACUGUGAUCCAUGGACAGCGAAGAAAGUAUCAGCCCUCGAUCAGCUCAUGCCCUAUCUGGUGCUGGACAUUUUACAAGAUUAUCCAGGACUCCCGGGACUUUUUGUGGCCUGUGCUUACAGUGGAACAUUAAGCACAGUAUCCUCCAGCAUCAAUGCUUUAGCUGCAGUAACAAUUGAAGACCUCGUCAAACCUUACUUUCCAUCCCUCUCAGAAAAGACUCUAUCUUGGCUUUCUAAAGGAACAAGUGUCCUGUAUGGAGCCUUGUGCAUUGGAAUGGCAGCCCUGGCGUCACUCAUGGGAGCCUUGUUACAGGCAGCGCUCAGUAUCUUUGGUAUGAUUGGAGGACCACUUUUGGGCUUGUUUUCCCUGGGGAUCUUGGUCCCCAUUGCCAACUCUCUUGGGGCAUUUGUAGGACUCAUUGCUGGAUUUGCCAUUUCCCUUUGGGUUGGAAUUGGAGCUCAGCUUUAUCCCCCCCUUCCAGAAAGGACUUUACCCUUGAGUCUUGUUACUGAUGGUUGUAACAUAACCAGUCCAGACCACCAGGGAAAUUGGACAAUGACCACCACAGAAAUGCCAUUUUCUACAAGUGCCCUUCAAAUUCACAAUGUUGAAAGAACUCCACUAAUGGAUAAUUGGUAUUCCUUAUCAUACCUAUACUUCAGCACCAUUGGAACUUUGGUCACUCUAUUGGUGGGAAUAAUUGUUAGCCUCAUAACAGGAGGAAGAAAACAGAGAAUAGAUAACAGUUUCCUACUAACAAAAGAAGACUUUUUAUCCAACUUUAACUUUUUAAAGAGGAAAUCAAUUUUAAACCAUCAACCUUAUGCAAUGGAAGAUGGCGGCACUUAUAACCCUACUUUCAACCACACUGAAAUGAGCUUAACAGAAGGCUGGGGCAAGACCAAUGAGGCACGUUUCUGAGGCAGCUUUUAUACUGGAUGAACUUGGAUUUUAUACUGGAUGAACUUUUUAUAAGAUGAUUGAAUUGUAUUGUAUGAUUGAAUUGUAUUUAGAUUUUGUUUUAGAAUAUCUCUAAUAUUUUUGUACACUCUGCUGAAACUUUUAGUGCUUCAGGUAACUCUCUAGGUGAUUACUUUCUUUGAGAAAGGGUGUUUCCUCAUUUGAGAAUUCCUCCUGCCAAUGAAAUCACAUAAUUAAUAUCCAUUACUCUUCUUGCAUGCUUUCUGUUGACCUUCCUUUUUUUUCUGAUUCACUUUGACUUCUAACAUGGCUGCAUUUCUGGGUUCUGAUGAUGUUUCAUCCUAAUAUUUAUUCUUUUGGUCCUUGUUCUUCCUGUUGUUUGGAAUACCCUUUGCUUUCCUUGGUCCUGAUGCUGAUAACCUCUCUUUCCCACAAUCUGCCGUGAAAAACAAACCAACAAAACCAUAUAUAGCACCUUCUAUUCUUGAUUUGACAUCUCAAGAAAAUGUCUGUAAUCCAAAGUGGAUCACCUAGAAAUCAGAUCAUUCCAUUACAUCUGUAAUCCGUAGUGGAUCACCUAGAAAUCAGAUCUAUAAUCCAUAGUGGAUCACCUAGCAAUUGGAUUAUUCCCAUCACGUUUGCAAUCCAUAGUGGAUCACCUAGAAAUAAGAUCAUUCCAUUGCAUUUGUAAUCCAUAGUAGGUCACCUAACAAUCAGAUCCUUCCAUCAUUUCUGUAAUCCAUAGUGGAUCACCCAGAAAUCAAAUCAUUACAUUUCAUCCACAACAAAAUCUUUGAAAAUUUAAUUUAAAGACACUAAAAUCAAGACAAUGCUUCAAUGACUAGAAAAUGUUUUUUCUUGCCUAAUUAUUCAUUCACUUUAAUAAUUUAAUCACUGUGUACAGACAUUGAAAUUUUUCUUCAUUGAUGUCCCUCAGCUCUUUAGAUACAAAAAGCUGAAAGUUGAUUUGUUAACUUCUUUUACCUUCUUUUCAGUCUAACUAUCUGGAUCUAACAGGAUUUAGUUGUAAACUUCUCCACCCCCCCAAGCCCCAUCCCAUUCUUACAACAUAUACAAUUUGAGAAAUAUGUAAGUCGCCACGUUUUGGGUUUUUUAAAAAUUACUGUUAACUAAAUACUAAAAACAGCUUGGCUGUGUCACAGUGGUAUCAAAUGAACACAGAGUUGCAUGUUAACCUGGAAAACCAUCAAUUAACAUUAUCUGUAUUAUAUUGUAUUUUUAUUUAUUUUUGUUAAACCUUUCUAAUUACACUUUUAAAUUAGUUGGCAGGACUGGGCAGUUUUGUCCUUAGCUCCCUCCUCUGCCCUGGCCCUGAGUGAGAUAUGUCUGGUUUAGUGGAUGCUAGUCUAGGACUAAGGGAGGUCUGAGUUCAAGCCUUACCUUUGUGACAAAUUCAGACUUUGUGGUCCCUGGGUCAUAAAGUAUCUGAAGUUCUUAGUGCCUUAAGAAACUCCUUAAUUAAGCCUGUGAAUUGCAGAGUAAGUCUCAAUCUACAUUCCUAAAGGGAAUUAUAUCUCUGGGAGUUCUCAUACCAGUGAAGUUUCAGGAAGAGUUAAAAAACAAAAAGAAGAAAUAUUUAUAUGCCUUUUUAAAGUUUUAUAAUAAGAAAACAGUUUCUCUACUAUUUGAGUAAUAGUAUAUUGUAAGACUAUGUUGAAAUAUUCCAGCACAAAAUGUUUUUAAAAAUAGAAAGAGGAUUAUUUUCAUCAAAGAACAUGAAUAUUCAUGUAUUCAUUCAAUAAGGAUUUAUCCAGUGCCUGCUGUGAACUUGGCACAAGGAAUAAAUGUGGAACAGCCUCUACUCUCAAAGAAUUACUUUCUAUUAGACCCAGAAUGUAAACAUAUACAUCUAUAUAGCAUCUAACUAAAUUAUUUAAUAUGCAUAUGCUUCAAGCACUGGUAGAAUUCUAGUAUUGAUACUUUUAAAAGACAUGUUAGUGUUUUAGACAAAGCGGUAGUUUUCAGAUCAGAAAUUAUGGUUCAAAAUCUGAUUCAGACCCUGGGAGGGUCACUUAUUGAGAGCUCCCCCGUUUUCUCAUUAUAAAAUGGAGAAAAUAGUAUAACAUUACCUACCUCACAGGGCUGUUGAGAGGGGAAAGCUUUCUUUGAAAAAUCUUAGAGUUCUGGAGAAAUGUGAGCUACAAUUAUGUGUAAAGGAGAAAUGUAAUUAAUUUUUCUUAUAAUUUUACAAAUGAGCAGGCUGUUGAUGUUUUUAUUUUUGUAUCUAGUUUAUCUAGUUUGACUGAACUCAAUUAAUAUUUAUUUCAAAAGUAGUUAAGUAGUAUAUAUAAAUGUCAGCCAUAUUCUGUAUGUUAAAUGAAUAUUCAUAUCAGGUAUUUAAAUAUUGUUUUGGGAAUGAAAAUCAACCAUCUUACUAUUGACCUCCUUAUUUGAACUGAGCUUUAAAGUGACUGAGAUAUGAGAAGCUGUGAUUCUUAUCUUACCAAGAGUUAUCUUGACAUUUCCAGUCCAUCCAGUCACAUUGGGAGGAUCAGUGGAUGAUGUGGAUUUGAGAUAAAAGCAGAUACUAAGAAAAGUAAUGCAGGUGAUAUAAUCCUGGGGAAUUCUCCUUCCUUUUUAAUUUUGGUGUAUUUUGGACAAAGCUGAAGUGAUGGCCUUAAAAGGUGCUAUCCACCAUAAUCAAUAGCCAAAUGUUUGUCAUUCAUCUAAAAGUUAGACUGCUCUAGACUUAUUUCGAAAACAUAAAAGGUUUUAUUUAGCUGAGAGCAACCUAAACAAGAUUUAAAUGCUUAAAUGGAGAUAGCUAGCAUUUAGUUAUUCAGAGUUUGGGAAGCAUUUUACAUAUAUUAACUCAUUUGAUUCUCUAUUCAUUUGAUUCUUCCACCUCUCAGAGAGGGAUUUCCACAAAUGAGGAAACUGAAAGUAAUCAGUCCCAGGCAGGAUUUUAAUUCAGGUCUUCCUGGCUCCAAGUCCCACAUAAAUAUUUAUGCUACUAGCUGUAGGGCAGAAACCAUGGAAAAAGUCCAAGUGGGUUGUGAAUAAUAGAAAACAGGUUUGAAUCCCACUUGUAAUACUUGCUUAUCCUGUAUGAACCACAGUUUCCUCAUCUGAAAACUGGGCAUGUGUAGUCAAAGAGAUUUUCAGAAGACUGUGGGAAAAGGGAAGAGAAGAACCAUUGGUAAUAUAGUUACCAGGCUGUCCGUAGCCUUCUAGGCACGCCUGUAUCUCAAAAUCUCCUUUACAAGUAGACGAAAUGAUGUAAACCAGUAAGUAAUAUAUAUAAAUGUCAGUUAUAUUCUGUAUGACCUUGGUGAUGUCACUUAACUACUAAUGCAAAUCAUAUUUUAUACUUGUCUACCUCUCAAGAUGAAUGUGAGCUGCAUUUGUGAUAUGAUGACCCAGAGCAUUUCUAGUGUAUAUAUUGUGAUAUUCUAUUACAGGCAUCAGCAUUUGCUUCUAAGUUAUUAACUAGGUGACUUUAAAUAUGCUAGAUUGUGAAAAAAUAUGUGGGUCUUUUGUGUUAUAAUAAAAAUUAUUGCAUUGUUUCUGCU